AUGGAUGGGUAUUGUUUGCGUGGUCAACUAAAUAGAGCGAGGAGAAUUUUUGAUAUCUUGAUAGAUAAGGGCAUUGAGCCUAACAUUUUUAGCUAUAACAUACUAAUAAAUGGAUACCGUAAGAAAAAGAAACUCGCCGAGGCCAUGCAAUUGUUUGGUAAAAUUUCUCAAAAGGUAUCAAAGCCUGAUAAUGUUACCUACAGUACAAUCUUGCAAGGUCUGUUUGAAGUUGCAAGAACAGUUGAAGCAAAACAAAUUUACGCUGAGAUGUUAUUUGCGGGGACCAAGCUGAAUAUAUACACUCGUGUCACUUUGCUCAAUGGUUAUUUUAAGUGUGGACUUGUUGAAGAAGCUAUGUCACUCUUUAAUAAGUUAGAAAGAAGUGGAGAAUAUACUAAUAAUGCAUUUUAUAAUGUAGUCAUUAACGGAUUGAGCAAAAAUGGUAAACUUAAUGAAACGCAUGUUGUUUUCGAGAAGCUUUCUUUCCUUGGAUUGUUCCCGGAUGUGAGAACAUACACUAUAAUGAUAAAUGGAUUUUGUCUUGAAGGGUUGUUGGAUGAAGCUAAAGAUAUUCUAAGAAAAAUGGAAGACAACGGUUGUUCUCCAAACAAUGUCACUUAUAAUGUCAUUGUGCAAGGUUUCUCAGGUGCAACAAAAUUAGUGAAAUGGCAUCUUUUAUGA